AUGAUCUUUCCUUGGGCAGAAGAUGGCGACCUAGAGAAUUUCUGGAAGACGAACUCUCUGCCGCCUUGCCAAAACCACGAGUUUGCAAUGUGGAUGUCGAAGCAAAUGCUUGGGCUUGCAAGCGCACUGCGCAUCAUUCACCAUCCCAACAACGUCAAAGGUCUCGAUGGCCAGGACAGCAAGACACACGGGAGACACGGAGACAUCAAGCCAACCAACAUACUCUGGUUUAGGAGUCCUGGCCCGGAGGGCUCGCUUGGUAUACUGAAAAUUUCUGACUUCGGAUUCGCCGAGUUUCAUGCCGAGCGCUCGAAGUCCCGAGGUAAUAUUCAGGGAUUGACAGACAUCUAUCGAGCGCCCGAGCUCGAGGUCGAGGGGCUUGUUUCUCCACGAUACGAUAUCUGGUCCUUCGGUUGUGUCUUGCUGGAAUUUGCUGUAUGGUGUCUGAUGGGCCAUGAUGGUAUCUCACGCUUCACUGAAGCACGAUUUCAAGACUCCACGGCAGAAAUUCAAGAGGAUAAUUUCUUCAACUUCGACAAGAGGAAUGAUAGAUUUGCUGAAACAAAGCCUUCUAUGGACGAGGUCAGUACUUUUCCCAAUUGCAGCAGACUCGACUGA